AUGACCUCAACCAUUCCAACCAGCGAAGUUGUCCCUAUGGACUUUCAAGUAAGUACUUGGAGAAGGUUCAUUACCAAGUUCGAGGCCGACGAAUUCACCGGCUGGAUUGAUGAGUCUGUGUCGUGGAAGACCGACUGCUACAUUGGAGAUUGGUCGCAGCUACUCAAGACACGAAUUCGCGGUCCGGAAGCAAAGAGCUUCUUGGAGUACAUUUCGACCAACCAUUGGCCUACAUUUACGCCAGGCCAAGCCAAACACUCCAUCAUGUGUGAGGACGGAGGUCACGUUGUCGGUGAAGGCCUCAUAUUAAUGUUGGCGGAUGACGACUUCGUCUUCACCAGUGUCCCUGGAGUGUCCUGGUUGACGUACCAGUUCACGCAUGGACGCAAGUCCUUUUCUGCAACUAUCGAAGACGUGACCGAUCAGUGGUAUCUAUUCCAAGUGCAGGGCCCGAGAUCCGUUGAGCUGCUUGAUGAAAUCACAGGCAGCACUGUCCGCGACAUCAAGUUCAUGUCUGCAAAGCGACUGAGCAUUCAAGGGCGCCAAUUCUGGUGUCUGCGCCAGGGCGUAUCGGGAGAGGUUGGAUUUGAGCUGUGGGGGCCGGCCGCUGAAGGUCGAGAGGUCUACGACGCCAUCCGUCAGCUUGGACAACGCAAGUAUGGACUUCGCCAGCUGGGCUGUCGGGCCAAGCCCAUCAAUCAUGUCGAAGCUGGUUUUGUCACUCCGGCACUCGAGUUUCUCUCGGCCACUGAAGGUGCGACGGCACAGCUGGAAGGGUACAGAGAAUUUCUUCGCGGGUCCAAGUACGCGUUUGUUGAGAAAGUCUUUUCUCGGUUUGCCGGCAAUUACGGAAGUCAGCCGACUGAUCACUACCGGACACCCUUCGAUCUCGGCUGGGACAGACUAGUCAAGUUUGACCACGACUUCAUAGGGAAGAGUGCGUUGCAAAAGGUCGCGGAUGCUCCGCCAAAUCAGCUCGUCACUCUGGUCUGGGAUAAGAGCGAUGUCGCCGACGUUUUCUCAUCCAUGUUUACUCCGACGCCAUUUCAGUACAUGGACAUGCCUAGAGCCCCCGGAGGAGUCGUCGAGGGCUGUACAGUCUCCAUUGACGAUGAGAUUGUUGGGUGCGCCAUGUCCAGGUGCUACAGCUUCUGGUUCAAGUCGAUGCUGUCUUUUGCCAUUGUCCGGCGGGAUUGUGCCAUGGUCGGCACAAAAGUACAAGUAUUAUGGGGAGGACCCAACAGUCGGCAAAAGUUGAUACGCGCGGAGAUUGCAAAAUGCCCGUUCAAGGAGGAUAAGCGAAGGCAGCCGCUAUUGUAA